AUGCUCAUUCAUCCAGAUGCACUUGAACAAGUUGCGUGCGACAGCGUCAACGCCGAACAUUGUACAUCAUGGACAGUGAUAGGGGAAGGCGCCUUCAACAGGAUAUUCUUACUACGAUUUGACACUGGAGCGGAGGCAAUUGCUCGUAUUCCCUUGCCUGUUAUAGGUAAUGUUGAGCGAACCGUCGCCAGUGAAGUUGCUACAAUGAGUUACGUCCGAGAGAGGUGGUCCGAGAGGUGGUCCGGGUCCUCUCGUGUGCCUCUGCCAAAGGUCUUAGCGUGGCACUCAUCCUACGACAACCCCGUACAGAUCCCCUACAUCAUCUAUGAGUAUAUACCUGGUGUUCCGCUCAAUACUCUUUGGCCCGUGAUUGAAGGGAAAACGGCCGGUGCAGCCCUGCAGAGCAUCGCCGAGCUGGAGCUGGCACUGCUCCAUCAGGCAUUCUCAUGGCCGGAUAUGCCGUCUAUGAUAAUAAGUGCUGCCGAGUUCCAGCUACGCGCGUUGGACGGCCUUGUCGACGUCUCGUCCCCGCUCGUGAAGUCGAAGCCUGCGGAUAUACGGUUGCUGCGCCGUCUACUGGACACCUGCGUUCGCGUCGCGCCCCUCAUAAUUCCUCCCGACCCAGCCAUGACUGCUCCAGUGCUGAACCACCCGGACAUCUCACUGAACAACCUCAUCGUCCCCCCAGAUGGCAGGGCAUAUGCGCUCAGCGUGAUUGACUGGCAAGGGGCGACCGUCUCCCCCUUCUGUAUGCAGUGCGGCGUGCCCAAUGCGAUUUCGUACAGCGAGGACGUCAUCCCGGUACCCAGGGACGGCUCGAUGCCGCCUUGGCCCGAUAAUUUCGAUUCGAUGUCUCCGGAGGAGCAGCAAUACAUCCGCAUGCAUCAUCGCUAUGCGUGCCGGCAUAGACUCUACGCUAUCCUGAUGCCCUCGCUGGACCCUUUGCGCAGUGACGCGUGGGUGCUCCGGCAUUUUACUGCCCUAGAGGGCCUGGUACCCUUUAUCACGCGCUGCAUCUCCGACGGCCAGCUAGGUCUACAGGGCCUUCUAAUUCGUCUGCAACAGUGCUGGAGGGAGGUCCACGACAGGCCUUGCCCCAUCGAUUUUUCGCAGGAGGAAAUUUCAUCCCAUCACGAAGCAGCACAGACUGAGGCGCAGUUUGAACGUAACGUGCGGAGAUUGCACAACAUGGUCGACUGCAUGAAUGAUGGGUCUGUUACCCCGGAUCAGUUCGACAGUGCAAAGGUGACGAUGGAGCGCUGUCGGAAAGAGUGGGACGAGAAGGCUAUGAAGGGACUCUUCCCGUUAUAUGAGGGCGCUCAUUCUUAUUACCUUGUCUGA